CUGGCCACUGUUGAGGUGACUGACUGAUGGCUGGAUCGUGGAUCCGAACCGUUGUCCAGUAUUCCAAUCGUCAGCUGCAGCUGUCCUACUGACUGCUUCCUUUCGCUCAUAUCUCGCAGUAAUAAAUUAUCCUGUGCGUCGUUGUCUUUGCGGCUGAUAACGGUUAUCUCAACGUGGAUUGUACAUUAUCAAAUUAUCACACAUUCUCGGUGAUGAGCCGAUGGUCAGACGACGUAUUCCAUUCGCCAGUUCGCCAGCGUUUUGCGAGUUUCGAAUGUUUCGGUAUUGACGACCGCGCUGCUUUUGUAUUAUCGUCUUCGUCGAUUACCUAGUGUGAAUUAUUGAGUUGUGGCUUGUUCAAUCCGCGACUAACCUCUGACCGCGUAGAUCCUUCUCUUUAACGGUACCCGAUCGUCAUUCGCCAUGCAAAAUUGGUUAGAAUUCCAAGCGGUUGUCAUGGCCGCUGGUAAAGGAUCCCGAAUACCCGAGAUGACUGCCACAAAACCAAAGUGUCUGUUACCGGUCGGCAAUAAACCAAUGAUAUACUAUCCACUCAAGCUGCUCGAAAACGCCGGGUUCAGAGAUACAAAAAUAAUAGUAGCAGAUAAUUAUGCUAGUGAUAUACAAGAAGAAGUAGAUCAACUUGGUUUUGAAAUUAAUUUAAGUUUUGUUCCAAUUCCAUCUGAUGAAGAUUGGGGUACAGCUGAUUCUCUUCGACAUAUCUCCGAUUAUAUCAUAACUGAUGUCAUUGUUAUUAGUUGUGAUUUAAUAACUGACAUUGAUUUACACCAAGUUUUAAAUAUCUACAGAAAUAAUAACGCAUCUUUAGUGUCUUUGUAUUUUUCACCAUCACAAGAUGAGCAAUGUGUUUUUACUGUACCCGGGCUUAAAUCAAAGAAUAAGUUUGAAAAAGAUAUUAUUGGUUAUGAUUCAAAAACAUCUAGACUUUUAUUAAUGGCUUCAGCUUCAGAUUAUGAAGAAACUAUGCCAAUUAGUAGUUCAUUACUAAAAAAAUGUUCAAACUUGACUCUUUGCUCAAAAUUAUUAGAUUCUCAUAUGUAUAUUAUGAAACGUUGGCUAGUUAAUUACCUUGUAAAAGAUAUUAAUAUUUCAACUCUUAAAGGAGAGCUACUUCCAUUUGUGGUAAAAAAACAAUUAUCAAAACAUAGUAAAAAUAUUGAACCAAGUGAAAAGUGUAUUGAAGAUGAAGAAGAUGAAAAACCUGAUAUAUUUAACAUAUCAAAAGAAUCUGAUAUUGAAACUAAUAUUCGUUCAAUGUCUUGUUUUGGUAAUAUAUCUAACUUUGAAGAGAUAAUUAAAUGUUAUGCUUGUGUGAUUGAUUCAAAUAUUGGAAUACGUGCAAACACUUUGUAUGAUUAUUGUAGAAUCAACAAAAUUAUUCACAAAUUAAACAUAAAUUUAGGAGAUGAAAAAGAUAAAAUUUCACCUGACGCUGAAAUUUUAUCAAAUCAAUUUGACAAGGAAACUUGUUUUGUUGGGCCUAAUACUAAAAUAAUGGAGAAAACAUCCAUUAAAAGUAGCACUAUUGGUUCAAGAUGUACAAUUAAUUCAAAAACGAGAAUAACUGAUUGUAUUUUAAUGAAUGGUGUUACUAUUGAAGAGAGAUGUGUACUUCACAACUGUAUAGUAUGUCAUGAUGCUGUAAUUAGUGCUGGUUGUGAACUAAAAGACUGUUUGAUAAGCGGUAAUUUUAAGGUUCCACCUGGAGGAAAACAUUAUAAUGAAGUACUCACUGCUAUGGAGAGACUGAUGGAAAUUUAAAAAUAUAUGGAACAAAUUCUCUUAAUGUUUAUUUCAUGAUAUUGUUGUUUGAUAUACAUAUUUUC